AUGGAGACGCUUCGCAGCUUCUUUGGCGGAGAGCUUACAAAGUCCUGGGGGUCAUGCGGCCUUUCGGAUGCAACCAGACCUGAGCCUGCCUGGAAUUUGUUCAUGAAAGGCUUGGGGUUGAUGACUGUUUCAGUUGGAUGCCGAGCAGCCACAGAGAUCGAGUGUGGCGGACACAUUCUCAAAGAGACCCGCCAUUGUGCUCGCUCGAUGGUCUACUUGUCCAGCAUCGCCAACAACAAGCCGGUCAAUCUGCGACCCAAGCAGCUACACAGGCCGAGCAUUCAGCUCGACUUGCCCAUCGUUUGGCCACAUUCUCGUGCCGGCACGCCAACAGCAUCCACCCGCUCAUCGCCCUGCUCGAGUAUCAGCCUUUCGCCCAAGGCGACGCCUGAAAAUCUCGAGGGGCUGAGGCAGAAGGUCCUGCGGGCAAGCUUCUUCCUGGCGGACAAGGACCGCGACAAUCAGUUGAGCAAAGCAGAGUUCUCUUUGAUGGUCCGCCGGGCAUACCCUCACUUAAAUCCAGUCGCCAUCGAGAGGGCUUUUCUCGUCGCCAGACUUGGAGCUGGGACUUCCGUCAGCUUCAACGCAUUUGUAGAGUGGGCCCGAAAGGAUCACAAAGAGGAGGUGGACGAGGACACGGAGGACUCUGAACCCUUGUGGGCAGUGUUCCGGCUGUGGGAUCUUGACGAGGAUGAGGCAAUUAGCCCUACAGAGUUGGAGUACGGCAUCAAGAAGGCCUUCCCGAAAACCGGCAAGGAGGAGCUACUGCGACUGUUGAGUGCCAUGACGGGUGAUAAAGAAAGCAUCGGUCUGUCAGCACCUUUGCCCACUGUCCGAAGCGGUAACGCUCCAUCAAGUGGGCGCGACCGCAGAGAGACGGUGCAAGGCCAAGGCAAGAGCGGAGUGACUUACCUCGACUUUGUGAACUUCGUCUUUCCACCGACGCAGGCCGACCCGGCGGCCCAAGUCAGCGCUCGAGUCAUGGGUGGCUGA